GGAUGCAGGAGGAAGGCUACAGCCAGCGAGCUCCGAGCGGGCUGCGGAGGAUGUCGACCCCGCUGCGGGGACAAGCUCCGGGCGGGACGCUUGUGUCCAGUCGACGGUUCCUCGCCCAGUCGGCCCGCACCUGCAGCCCCCCGCACCCAUGAAGCCCCCGCUGAUGAAGCCCCGAGCUGCCAAAGUGAGGCGGAAAGUGGCCGGAGACAGAGAGCAUGUACUGGCGCGUCGGGUUUGCCUGGACGCGGUCGUGUGUGGUUGAUCUUGGCCAGAACCAGAGCUUCUCCUCCGGCCUGCUGGGCUCCGAUGAGCAGCUCUCGUUUUAUGGGUACAUCAUCGCCUACCCACUGCAGGACUACGGCGGGAUCAUGUCAGCUUUGGGCUCGGACUCGUGGUGGCGGAAGACGCUGUAUUUGACUGGAGGGGCUCUGCUCGCCGCCGCCGCUUAUUUGCUGCACGAAUUGCUGGCGAUCAGAAAGGAGGAAGAGCUGGACUCUAAAGAUGCCAUCAUACUCCACCAGUUCUCCAGGCCCAAAACUGGCGUCCCAUCCCUGUCCCCUUUCUGCCUUAAGUUGGAGACCUACCUCCGUAUGGUUGACCUGCCCUAUCAGAACUACUUUGAUGGGAAGCUUUCGCCACAGGGAAAGAUGCCGUGGAUCGAAUACAACCAGAAGCAGGUGUGUGGCACCGAAUUCAUCAUCGACUUCCUGGAGGAGAGGCUGGGCGCGAGCCUCAACAAGAGCCUGACUCCACAGGAGAAGGCCAUGUCUCGAGCCAUCACCAAAAUGGUGGAGGAGCAUUUCUACUGGACCAUAGCUUACUGUCAGUGGGUGGACAACCUGGAGGAGACCCAGAAGAUGCUGUCAGUGAGCGGACCACUGAGUGACCUGCUCAAGUGGAUCCUGAGUCACCUGACCGGCGGGAUCGUCAAGAGGGAGAUGUAUGGGCACGGGAUCGGACGCUUCUCCAAGGAUGAAGUUUACGCCCUGAUGGAGAAGGACAUGCGCACCCUGGCCACUCUACUAGGUGAUAAGAAGUAUCUGAUGGGCUCUAAGCUGUCGACAGUAGAUGCUGCAGUGUUCAGUCACCUGGCUCCUGCUAUGUGGACGUUACCAGGAACACGGCCGGAGCAGCUAAUCAAAGGUGAGCUCAUCAACCUGGCCAUGUACUGCGAGCGCAUCCGCCGGCGAUUCUGGCCCGAGUGGUUCGUGGACCUGGAGGACCUCUGCUACAAGGACACCACAGAGGGCAGCGACUCGGCCUGUAAACUCCCCGACCUGGGCCUCUACUCUCGCACGGACUCUUUCCAGGAUGACACACACACACACACUCCACACACUCACACGCCACAGGACCCGCCGUCGCCCGACAGCGACCCUACAGGCCACUCGCUGUAUGACUCUGACAUGGACACAGAGUGCUCUGAAAUCGACCAGCUCAAGUGUUGACAAAACACACACACACGUAUAUACGCACACCACAGGAGGGAGCUGCAUCCCGCCUGUACACAAGCCCCCCUACCUCUUUGAACAGAAAAUAACUGGGGAGUGUUUCUGUGUCAGCAGAAAAGUUGGGGACCUAGAGGUAUACCUUGCACACUCUAGUGGAGGAGUGACUGCAGUAGAGGGGAAGAGGGAGUGAAACGUAGCUCAGAAGUGACAGGUGGAGAGAAAAAGAACGAGAAAGCAGACUAGUUGCAGAGGAGGGAGAAAGAAAAGAGAGGCGGAACCAGAUCCAUAACGAGAACCAGGAGUAUCGAAACCAGGAGUAAAUGACGCCGCUGCUGAGAAACUCCUCUAUGUGGUCGACGUCAACAUUUCCCUGUCGUAACCAUGGCAACUACGUGCGUGUGUGACGCCCCCGCUGUCCCUCGUAGCAACUUGCACCACCCGGCCUUGUGUGUGUUUUGACUCAAUCCGAACCCUUAACGCCUUGUACUGAUAUGACAUCGACACGUAGGGAACUGUACAGGAUUUAUGUGAAUGAAUACAAUUCAGUGUAAAUAUAUAAAUGGAUCUGAUUUAUCAGAUUUAAUAGAUAGAAUAUUUGAUUAUAUAUGAGUAUAAAUAGUAUAGAGAGCCUGCAAAUAUAGAAUCAUCCCCUCUGUUAUUAUGGUGUAAAUGCUGUAGGUGUUUCUGCUAUGAAAUCCCUUUUGUGUUGGACACAAUGACCAAAACCGUCUUGUGAUAUUCUCCAUGAAUACCGACUCUGCUGGUCUAGGAUCAGUGGGACCUAUGACUUCCUGUACUGUAUGUAUCUGUCUAUACAACUGGGAUAUUACAGUAAUGCCUGCUGCCCAUAUUUUAAUAAUGCAGUAAAAUCUAAUGGAAGAUAAUGGACAGUAAAUCUGCCAUAAGCACUUUGAAACUAUCUUUUGUCUUCUUAAGACAAUUAUUUUGCCAAAAAAAUAUAUAAUUUAUUUUCCCGCAUUAGAAGCAUAAUAUGACAACAUACAGUACACUCUCAUGCUGCUGUGUGGUUGGGAUUGUCAUAAGGACAGUAGCUUUAGGUCAAAUAGACAUUUAACAUGCAUUGAAGCAUUGAGAGCGAGUUAAACAAUCAUGUAGAAAUAGAUUAAAUAGAUAUAUUGUCCAAAUGUGCAUGGCUGGUACGUGCCAAUGAAAAUCUCCCUUUACACUUCACAACAUUUCUUCGCUGGCUUAUUCGUUACGUUUGAUGUUUGUUUGUCAGCGCCUGUUUAUCAACCACACAAAGAUGUAGCCAACUGAUCUUGAAAAAUAACUUUUUUUUUUUCCCCAGCAGAAAACGUUAUGCAAAGCAAUAACAGUCUGUUCAUUUCUAAUGUUAGGUUAGGCUGUGUGGUGGUGGGGUGUGUGAUGGUUAGGUUGAAGUUUUAUGUGUGUUUGUCACUCAGCAAAUGCACAUACCAACAUGUUGUGUGUAAAAGCUACUAGUAUGGAUGCGAGCAAGCUGUGUACAGUAUGUAUGCUUCUGUCCAUGUUGCGCAUAGAUGAGUCACCCUCUGUGUGUGAAUGAUGGCACACUGGUGACGUUUCACAGCUGAACUUUUCCUCCCUAACACACACACACACACUCAUGGUUUCACUAUUUAGUUAAGUGGCAGAAAAGGUGGUUGUCUGAGAAAGAAAGUGACUAUUGAUGAUGCUUCAUGGUCCGACUUAAAAUAAUGUUCAUGUUAGGAAUUAAACGGAAUCUUCACACGAUAUACUUAUAUAAUUAUCAUAAUUAUUAUUUGAUAUUAGCUUUAAGGCCUGUUCAGAAAAUGGUACAGCGAAAUUUGCUAAAUAUUUGGUUCUGUACGCUUGGUGACGUAGUGGCAGGGCUAGCUGGUGAACUGCUGUAGCUGGGGAGCUAACUGCUAACUCACUACCCGGCCAGGCUCACAUUAGUCACAAUGGCUCUACAAGAUUCUGUUUACUCCCCCUGGUGUCUUGUUCACUAUUGUACACCAUUUCAUUCAAUAUAAAGUUACUGAAGAGGGAAAAUGAAGCUCUCUGAGCUAACAGUCGGUAGCAUACUCGUUAGCUUAUUCGCUAAGCUCUAUCGCUAACUCAAAAGUUAUAUUUGUACCUUUAACUCCUGUCUUAUAACUGUCUGCAAACAGUCCUCAUAUGUGGAGCCGUUUAUAUUCUGACAGAGGAGGUUAAAUUAAAUUGAAUUGUGCAACACUACUAACAAGCUACAACACCUGCACCAUUUUGAACUGUCUUUCUGUCCCCUGAAAUAUGGAUAUCUGUUGGUCUGUUAUUGGUCUAUUAGCCAUCUCUGGUUAAAAAUUGCACAGAUUUUUUGCAAGGGAAUUCACUAACCGCAGCAAAGAAAUUGGGAUAAAUUGGCACAAUAUUUUGCCGCUUUAAGUGCUAAUAUGCUAUGACCGGCCUUAAUGCUGUUGCAGUAUUUGAAUUGGCAUUAAAUGUCAGUACAGAAAUGCCAAUAAGAUGUUUCAGGUAAUUUAGAAACAGUUUCUGUAUCACAUCAUUUCUCCAUCAGAGAGCACUGAUAAAUGUAUUUCGACUGCAAAGUGUCCUGCUCUGUGCACAUCUUACUCACAAUUUCUUGACAACCAAAUUACGGGAUCCAAAUGAAAUAUAUAUUUGUGUUUUAAUAAAAUUCAUAUUAGCCAAUAUGUUGUUUACAGAAGUCUUAACUAUAAUACAAAUAAUAUCUCAAAUCCAGCAUCAGUCAGGCUCCUCUUGUGAAGAUUCUGCACAAAAAUGAAAUUUGUAAUGAGGGGUAAAAAUAUGUAGCGUUAAUAUGUAGCAGCAUGUUAUGAACUAAAAGUAACAAUAUGAGGUCAUAAAUAGAAUUUAAUACUUAGCAAAAGUUUAGGUUAUAUGGUUAUAACGGCGUCAUUUUAGACUGACCACGAUGUCGAUGAUGGUUUUUGGUGAAGAACAUUAUAAUGAUUUAACGACGGCAAAAAUCACCAUUUUCCACUUUCCUUCCCUUUUAAGGGAUUCUGGGUUCUCUGCUUAACAUAAUAAUGUCAGUAAGUUGGGCUCAACAACAAAUCAAAGCCUCAACCCAGCCUUUAAUAAGGAGACAGUAAAGCCUUUAUGUUUCUGUGCUGCAGAUUCAUUUUAAUACAAUAUUGUCUGAAACUGAAGAAAUGAACUGAAAAUUUUCAUUUUGUGUCUUAAAACCUUUCGCCUGCAUGCUCUUGCCUUCUCUUGUCAUCAUUAGUCAGAUUUAGCCUUAUGGAAACUGAUUCCUAAAGCUGUUUACUUUCUAUAUGUGCCAGCAUAUGACUUAUGUUUUUAUAUUUUAUAUUGAGUUAUAAUUUAUUUAUUUAAUGUUGUUUAUAUUUAUUGAUUUUGAUGGGGGCUGUGCUUGAAUUUAAGAAACAAUGAUAUUGUUCAUUAUUUUUGCACAUUUCUUCUUAUGUUUACAUGUGUUUUCUUCUUUGGCUGAGAGUUCCUAUCAAUAUAAAUUUACUGAUCUGUGUCAGUUGAUCUGUAUUCGUGCAGUACUGUAGAUUAUCUGACUUCCGUUGACACUGAACAAACUGCAUAUUUUCGCGUUGCCAGUCAUUGCCGUACUUGCAUGUAUGUCCAUGUUUCGAGAUGUCAUUUGAUAAAUGUUGUAACUCAUAUCAUAAUAUUAGUAUCAUUGUGUUAGAAUACUGCAGUCCCUCGUUUGCUGCAAAUUUUGCUGUCAUGAAAAAAAACUGAAAGUUUUACUCUGCAGAGCUUCAUGUCCAGUUGAAACCUUAAAAAAAACAUUAAAUAUUGACCACUAGAGCUCAGAUCUGCACAGUGAGGUCAGCCAUCCUGCUGCUCAGCUAAUAGUCAGUGUAUCCAGUCCCUCUUGCAAACUCACCCAUUACUGGAAAAACUGCGAAAGUCCUUCCAGAUCAGUGUCUGUGGUCAACUUCAUCUGUCUCAGUGUUCCUCAGCAGUUAAAGGUCAUGGGUCGGGGUUCAGUCCCAUUGUGUAUGUGUCACUCUCACAUCGAGAUCUGUGCUUGUAGACCGUAAAAGCCAUAUUGCAUUGUCUCGUGGUGUCAUGUGUGUGCUGAAACACUUGUGAAAUUUCAUCAAACUGUAAAUAAGACAGCUGUUAAAAAA